AUGUAAGUUUAUAGCAGUUCACAUGCAAACAACCUCUCAGUACGGUUAGGCUCCAAAGAGUAUUUAGCUUGUAAUGAAAUACCUACAUGUAGACCAUAUUUAAAAAUGAAAUAUGUGCUAGCAUACUUUGAGAAUGUCAGUUUUACUAAGUUAUUUUUGUUAACCUAAGGAGUUUACCAGAACAAAGGAUGAGUCAAGCUGAAUAGUUUGCAAAGGAGAACUUCAGAUAUUUUAGGCUACAAGUCAGUAAACUUUGCUUACGUAGCUGGCUCCAUUCAUUCUCUGAAGCCAAUCACUUGCCCCGUGGUGGCUGAUAAGUAUUUAACAGCUUGUAGAGGUGGAGUGUCUGGAUCCUUAGUACUGAACACAUUCCCAGGCAUAUCAGUAGCCUCUGUCCAUCAUCCAUGCUGGAAGCUAUUUGGAAAAGGAGAAAUAGAAAUCGGGGAAGGGAAAUCAUGCAUCAUCAUCAUCCUGGCUGGAAUGUACGGAAGACUUUAUGCUGUUUUCAUCAUGCGGAUUUGCUAGAGAAAUGACCUUCUUUGAUCAGCCAGGUAAAAUCAAAAACUUGUUUAUUUGCUGCCUCUGCUCCCCACGGGUGCUGAGGCUGUGGACCUGCAGGCGACCGAGGACAAGGAGGAAUGUGCUGGUGGGCACUGCUUGUGUGAUCUACCUGGGAUUCCUUGUCAGUCAAGUGGGUCACGUUUUACCCCAGCACAAAGGAGGACACCAAAAAAUCAGUUCCAGAAGUCUCCAAGAUGCAGCUCAAACUCCUUUUCUGGGCAUCCCACUGGAUGGCACCCUGUCACCACCCAGCUUCCAGGAACCCCAGCUUGGUGGCAAUGGGACCUCGGUGCCACCCAACGUAGUUUAUAUCACCCUGCGGUCCAAGCGCAGCAAGCCUGCCAACAUCAGAGGCACGGUGAAGCCAAAGCGCAGGAAGAAACAUGCAAUCCCUUUGUCCUAUGGGCAGCACUUUCCGAAAGCCGCUUUCACUGGCCAGGAAGAGACCUUUGUCCAGCAGCCGGGGAGGGCCACGCGUGCUGAAGGCGCAAAGGGAGCAGCAAUAGCUCCUGAGGCAGGAAAGCACCACCUGGAUGAACACAGGCAGAAAGACAUGGCAAUCGGGAAGCGAGGUCACCAGAAACCUGGGGGGAUUUCUGGAGGUCUAAAGGCACAGCGCCAGGCUGAGGAGAGCAAUAUCAGGAUUUACAGUGAGAGCUCUCCCUCUUGGCUGAGCAAAGAAGAUAUCCUAAGCAUGCGUAUGCUGGCAGAUUCUCCGAUAGAGAGCAUCCAAGAAGUACCUUCUCAGAAAGCAGUCCUGGUAGUAUUUGAGAGGGGUCCCAGCACCACAGAAGCUGCUUGUAAUCGAGGGCACUGUGGCAUCAUCAAACGACCUCUUGACAUGAGCGAAGUGUUUGCCUUUCAUUUGGAUAGGAUCUUGGGGCUAAACAGGAGCUUACCUUCUGUAAGCAGGAAAUCGGAGUUCUUCCAAGCCGGUCAAGCCUGUCCUGUUAUUCUCUGGGAUUCCUCACUGAGUCCAACAGAUAACAAUACCCAUUCUUCAGUGAGAUUAACCUGGGGGAGAUAUCAGCAACUAUUGAAGCAGAAAUGCUGGCAGAAUGGUAAAGUUCCCAAAGUUGAGUGGGGCUGUACUGAAAUCCACCAUCAUGAAUGGUCCAAGAUGGCACUCUUUGAUUUUCUUCUGCAGAUCUAUAACCGGCUAGACAGAAACUGCUGCGGAUUCAAACCUCUGAAGGAAGAUUCCUGCGUGCAGCAAGGGCUGACGCUGAAAUGCAGCAAUCAGGAUGCUGUCGACCUGACACACAUAGUGCAGAGAAGGCAUGACCGAAGGCAUUUGGCCUUUAUAGACAAUAAUGGUUUCUUUGACAGAAGCGAGGACAAUCUUGACUUCAAAAUACUGCAAGGAAUCAAUGAAUUCCCUGAAUCUGCAGUUUCAGUGCUGAGGAGCCAGCGUUUACGGGAGAAGUUGCUUCAGUCUUUGUUCCUUGACAAAGUAUACUGGGAGAGCCAAGGAGGCAGGAAAGGAAUUGAAAAGCUUAUUGAUGUAAUAGAAAGGAGGUCCAAAAUUCUUCUUACUUAUAUAAAUGCACAUGGAGCCAAAGUACUGCCCAUGAAUGAAUGAGCUUCUGAGGGACAGUCUUUAAAAAAUUUUGUGUGAGGCAAAAACUGACAGUAAAAUUGAUUUACUUCAUAGGCUUAUUUAAUUUUUAUUUUUCCAGACUUUCAAGUUUAUUUUUAAAUAAGAAGUUUUACAUGGUUUAAAAGCAUCAUUUAAAUGUCGGCUGCAGCUCAACACAGUGCGGUUCUAUGUCACCAGUGAAAUGAAAUGAAAAAAAGUCAAAUAGUACAAUAAAUGAUGUAGUAAUAUGCACACACCAUGAACACUCCUUCUGUUAAUAUGUUUGAGAAUUAGCAACAGUAUUUUCAGUACAUUAGUCUGGAUUACUCUUACUCUCAUCAUUCAAGUCAGUAAAAGUUUUAUUGCAAAUUUAAAUGGGAACAUAGAUUUAAGGCACUUAACGCAGAUGAAAACUGCCAUUACAUCUACAUACUGAAACAUACCUAGUACAGGAAUUUAUCUUUUUGAUUAAGAACACUAAAAUUCUAGCAUUUCCCAAUGUAUUUUAUUUUGAUCUUUUGAAAUCUAAGAACUAGAUUCAACUCUUUUAAAUGCUAUUGGAUGUGAAUAAAAUUUAGAUUCAGAGUGAGGAGA